AUGGCUCCCCAUCAAGAAGGAGAAGAAGUAAGCAACAAACAGGUUCUGUUGAGAGACUAUGUAUCUGGGUCUCUCCAGGAGACAGACAUGGUUAUCAGCACAGCAGGGACUACCCAUCUAAAGGCACCUCAGGGCUCCAAAGCCAUUCUGGUGAAGAAUAUCUACUUAGCUUGUGAACCCUAUUUAAAAGCACUGAUGACCAAGGGAGUAACUUAUUCAGUCGAGCCUGGCUCGGCUAUAGCUGGGAUUGGAGUAGCUAAAGUCUUAGAUUCUGAUCACCCAGAUUUCAAAGUAGGUGACUUGGUGUGGGGGAUGACUAGAUGGGAAGAGUAUAGCCUCAUUAAUACUCCUCAGGUCAUGUUUAAGAUUCACAACACAGAUGUACCUCUCUCCUACUAUACUGGAAUUUUGGGUAUGCCGGGUAUUACUGCUUAUGCAGGUUUCAUUGAGAUUUGCUCCCCUAAGAAAGGAGAGUAUGUGUUUGUGUCAUCGGCAUCUGGUGCAGUUGGGCAGAUUGUUGGACAGUUUGCUAAGUUGAUGGGUUGCUAUGUUGUUGGAAGUGUUGGGUCUGACGACAAGGUAAGACUCUACAACAAUUCAUUGAUUGUUGAUUUAUUGAAGAGCAAGCUUGGGUUUGACGAGGCUUUCAACUAUAAAAAGGAACAUGAUUUGGAUGCAGCUUUGAAAAGGUAUUUCAAGGAUGGUAUUGACAUUUAUUUUGAGAACGUAGGUGGUAAAAUGCUUGAUGCCGUUCUCCUCAACAUGAGACAAAAUGGUCGCAUCGCUGUGUGUGGAAUGAUCUCCCAGUAUAACCUUGAGCAGCAUGAAGGAGUUCACAAUUUGAUUAACCUUAUCACCAAGAGGAUUCGAAUGGAGGGGUUCAUAGUUUCUGAUUACUAUCACCUAUAUUCCAAGUUUCUUGAUUUGACUCUUCAAUACAUCAAAGAAGGGAAGAUGGUAUACGUAGAAGAUAUUAUUGAAGGCCUUGAGAGUGGGCCUUCAGCAUUAAUAAGACUCUUUGCUGGCCAUAUAGUUGGAAAAGCAGUUAUUCGUGUCUCUCAUGAAUGA